UUUUUUUUUCACUUCAAAUGUGCUUGGCUUCAGGAUCUGAUCCACCUAAUAAUGUAAAUAAAAUCGAGAAUAAAAAACAAAAGCUUGAUUCAAGUUAUGAAAAUGUAUCGGGAGAUGAAGAUGAAACUUCUACUUGCAUUAUUUGUUCAGAAGUUUGGACAAGUAGGGGAGAUCAUUGUCUUGUUAGUUUACCAUGCGGCCAUUUAUUUGGUAAAAAAUGUAUUGUGCGCUGGAUAUUGGAUAAGUCAAGAAAGUCAAAUUCAAAAAAAGCUGGAUGUCCGAUGUGCAUGAAAACUACACGUGAAACAGAUAUUCGUGUUGUAAAACCAUCAAAGAUAGCAGUAAAAGAUACUUCACAAAUGGAUUUAUUAAAAAAAGAACUCGAAGCCCUUAAAAAUAAAAUAAAAGAAAAUAAAAAUGCUUUAGAUUUAGCUCGCUUGUCUCUUAAUUUACACAAGAAAGAACUAGAAAGAGCAAGAGAAAGACACAUAAUACAAUUACCGCAAAUCAAAGAGACAAUGAUAAUCAAAAAUCCGUUAAGAUCAUUAAAUGUAAAUACAUCUUAUCUUUCACCUUCUUCUUCUCAGAACAAUAUUAAAUUGCAACCUACUUUCAGCAAUGUCAGUCAUGAAGAUAAGGAAAACUACAACAAAAUACCCGAUAAUUUUAUCAAUAAGAUGGAUCAUACAAAUAUACCAUAUAUAAAAAACUCAUAUCGCUAUUCAAUAUGUAAAUCGAAAAGACUAUCUGAGAAUAGACAUGUGGCACGCGUAAUGGCGUUAGAUCAGCAAUCUAAUACCGCAUAUAUAUCAUUUAAAUCUUCUAAGGAUGGACAUGGAAUACUUAAACUUAAUUUAACCAAUGUUGAGACGACAGAAUUUAUAUCAACACAUAAUGGUUUAGUGCGAGAUAUACAAUAUAAUAGUGAAAAGCCAAAUUUGAUUUUAUCUACUGGCAUAGAUAAAUCAUUGCAAUUAAUAUCGACCAUUACGAAUACAGUAGAGAAAUCUGUGAUGCUACCUACUGCAGGAUGGUCAUGUAGUUUUGAUUCUUUAGAUUCAAAUAAAUUACAUUGUGGACUAAUAGAUAGUACUAUCUUAACAUAUGAUAUACGGAAUCUAAGUGUACCAUUUAACCAAUUUAAAAGUUCAACUAUUUCAAAAACCCCACUUCAUUCUAUGUUUUCAAAGAAAAUCCUUGACAGAAGAGUUUUAUGUUGUUCGAAUUUAAAUCAAGCAUUUAUAUGGGACUAUCAUGAAGAGAUACCUAUCUGUAAUUUGUUAAGCAUAGAAAAUGGAUACAAACCUUUUUCGUUCUCUUUCAAUUAUGGUAGUGAAAGCUCUUUAUUGUUAUCUUCAAGGAAUAAUAUUGCAACAAAGCAUCAACUUUUAAAAUUAAAUGAAGAUUAUUCAACAACUGUCAUCGCUACUCUAGAUUUCCAAUUACCUCAAAAGAACUUGACAAGAACUUGUUCUUAUGUAAUGCAUCCAGAUAUUAUGGAUAAUCAAGAAUCAGUUAUAUGUUAUAGUAAUGAAGUAGAAGGCAUGUUAUGUUUGUCGAAAUCUAAUCAGGAUAAACUGCAACAUUUUCGAAUUAACAGCUGUCCUCUUGAUAUUCAAAUAUACGAUCAAUUAAGGCUGGCUUUCUUAACUGAUAAUAGAUUCUUUUUACUGCAGCUUAAUAAGUAAAACCUCUUUUAUCAUAACGAUAGGAAGAAGUUUUCUUUUUAUUUAGUAUAUUCUCAUGUUAUAAAAUAUGUGUUUUUUUUGUAUAGUAUAGCUUAGUAUCUUAUUUUAAUUCAUUGUAUAUAUUCACGUAAUAAACAUUAUCAAAU